AUGAUAAGAACGGAGCGAUGGAAAGCGAUUACAGAGGCGAUCACGUUUUAUAUUGCCACAGACAUGCUGCCAAGUUAUUCUGUCGAAAAGCGAGGCUUUAAUCACAUGCUGAAAGUAUUAGAUGCGAGGUACGUUGUCCCCAGUUGCAAGUAUUUCGCCGAUGUAGCGCUACCUCACCUGUACAAUAAAACUCAGGAAAAGAUCCGCAGUGCGCUGGAGGAGAUGCAGUUUUACUCCGCCACAACGGACCUGUGGUCCAGCCGGACGAUGCAGCCAUAUCUGAGUCUGACGGUUCACUACAUCAACACUAGUUGGACUCUGCGCAGCAUCUGCCUUCAGACAGCGUAUUUCCCCGACAACCACACUGGUGACAUAAUUGCCCAUGGCUUAAAAGACGCUCUCAGCUCCUGGGGACUUUCGGAGGAACGACUCGUCUGCAUGACAACUGAUAGUGGCACCAACAUCAUAAAAGCCCUUAAGGACAACAACUGGCCCAGCUUGCAGUGUUUUGGCCACAGACUCCACAACGCUAUUGAGAAUGGUGUGAAGGAUCCAAGGAUCGAUCGGGCCAUAGGGGUCUGCAAAAAAGCUGUAUCAGCCUUCUCCUACAGCUGGAAAAAAAGGCGAGACAUGACAGAGGUGCAGGCUGAGCUUGGACUUCCCCAGCAUCUUUUGAUCUCAGAAUCCCCAACCCGUUGGGGGUCUCGUCAAAAGAUGAUUGAGCGCUUUCUUGAGCAAGAGAAGGCAAUAACUCGUGUCCUGGGUGCGGACAAGAAAACGCGUCAUCUUGUUCCCACGUGGCAAGAUUUGGAAGUAUUAGAAGCCACCAACAAAGCAGUAAAACCUCUCCAGGACUUCACUGAUGCACUGUCAGGGGAAUCAUAUGUCAGUGUGUCAUGCAUCAAACCAGUGCUGCAUUUGUUUAAAACAAGUCUCCUCCUGCCAGAGGAGGAAGAUUUGGAGCUAACAAAAACAAUCAAAGCUAACAUCAUGCGUUACCUCGAAAGUAAAUACUGUGAUUUGGAGAAAAAGGAAUUUUUGGACAUGGCCACACUUUUAGACCCGAGGUUUCGUACAACCUACAUUGAUGCAAGCAAACUGGAAGUUGUCAAAAAAAGAGCAGUGUCUGAGAUCUCUGCUCUCUGCAACUCUACCACAGAGGAAGCUGGUCCCUCAGCUGUUCAAGAGAAAACCCCACCAAAAAAGAAAAUGACUCUGGGUGCCUUCUUUAAAAACAGUGCACCAUCCACCACGCCACACCCACAAGAGACUGAGCUUGCAACGUAUUUCCUUAUUCCAGACAUAGAGCCAGACACAGAUCCUCUUGAAUGGUGGAAGCUGCAUCAGCCCAACUUUCCAAGGCUAAGCUUACUGGCUAAAAAAUAUCUUUCUAUUCCAGCCCCCUCAGAGAGGGUAUUUAGUGUGGGUGGGGGAAUAGUUACCUGCAACCGGGCCUGCCUUAAGCAAGAGGUUGUGGACAGGCUCAUCUUUCUUGCAAAAAAUGUUUAG